GGCGGCCCCCUGUCACCUGGCGGGAGCCGGCGAGCGCCAGUCGCCCGCAGACCGCCCGCGCCGCCGGAAGCACGCUCCGCCACUUACCGCAGCGCGCAGAUGAGUAUGGACACCACAGCUGUAUGCCUCAUAGCUUGUCUUCUCUUUGCGCAAGUGUCUAGUCAUGGGAACCAUCUCUUCGGAUACACAAAAGAAGAGCAGGAGCUGUGGAGCGAACACAGCGACGCGUGUGCCGGGAAGUACCAGUCACCGAUCCGCAUCAUCAGCCACCGAGCGCAGCGGCUGCCCAUCCCGGCGCUGGAGAUGGUCGGCUUCCACAACCUGCUGCCCGGGCCCGUCGUCGCCACCAACACCGGACACUCGGUGUCCCUGCGGCCGGCGGUGACGGGGGAGUCGUGGCCGAAGGUGUUCGGCGCUCUGCUGCUCCACGAGUACCAGCUGGAGAGCUUCCACUUCCACUGGGGCCACCGCUUCUCCAGGGGCAGCGAGCACGUCCUCAACAGCAUCAGGUUUCCGAUGGAGAUGCACAUCGUCCACCGCAACAUGAAGUACUCCUCGCUGAAUGAAGCCAUGCAGAAGCCAGAUGGGCUGGCCGUCCUCGCUUUCUUCUUCCAGGCCCAGGAGAAGAACAACCACGCGCUACGGCCCAUCCUGGAGGUGCUGGAGCGCGUCAAGUUCCCCGGCGACAGCUCGCCGCUGCACAUCAGCUUCUCACUGUCGUCCCUGCUGACCGCCGACAUGGACGCCUUCUACACGUACCGCGGCUCGCUCACCACGCCGCCCUGCUCCGAGUCCGUCACAUGGGUCAUCUUCCCGGAUGCGCUGCCCAUCUCCUUCAGCCAGAUCAAGAAGUUCCGACGCAUCUAUUCUUCAGGUGAAGAUCGUAUGGUAAACAAUUUCCGUGUUUUGCAACCUCUCAACAGUCGGAAUGUCUUUGUUCGCAAACUGUGGAAGAUUGAGAGCUACAACCUUACUAGCCAUGAUUCGGUGUCAUGGCUCAGUUAAGCUUGUGCCGAAAAAGUUCCACGUUCCUACAGCACUCAACUAUCGACAGACUAGCAAGAAAGUGCACUGCUGUAAAAGUGAACAAGCCUUCAGUUACUGUCAUACUGAGGCAGCUCACAACCUGUUCUAUUUAUUUUCUUGGAUAAGAAUGUAAUGCAUACAGCACUGUGUGGAAGCAAUUUCUAUUAGUGAUACAAUGCUCUUAUGUGCUUCUUUUAGACAACAGGUGAAGUGGAUCAGAAGCCACUGCCUGCAAACUUCUGCCUAUUUCACAAGGCUGUGCUCUUUAAUGUACAUAUGAAAAGUUCUGUAUAGUUCUGUAAAUAUCUUAAGAAUUUUGUUAUCUAUGUUGUGUAUUACACACACUUAACUGACAUUUAUUCAUAAUGAAAGAGACAUUUCAAUGUUUCACUUUCAUUCUUAGUAAAGGAUUCCUUCCAAAACACAUUCCAAUGUAUGUACCAGUUGACAAUACAAGAUGUAGAUUUGUUUUCUAUCUUUCUUUAAUGUUCAUCUUAAAGGAACUGACAUCAUUACCUUCACUUAUUUCCAGUUGUACUGUACUUAAAAAAAUCUCCACUCAUGACUGCUCAUAAUGCUGCAUUUUGUUUUACUGUUAUGAAUAUUUACGCCAUUGAGUGCCUGAUCAGUGUGUGUGUGUGUGUGUGUGUGUGUGUGUGUGUGUGUGUGUGUGUAACACUGCUGGCAGUGUUCUGGGAUUUUAUGAAAGUUUUGUCAUCUGCAAAUAUGUGUUGUAUUAAAAUUGCGUAUCACACAAGCCUGUAGAAUCAGAAACAUCCGUUAUUUAUUAUGUGUAUAUAAUUUUCUGUACAUAUGAGUAUUUUAAUAAAACUUAUGGUGA